AUGAGCGUGGUAACAACCGUAGGUGGCCAACCGGCGCUGCUCAGGAGGAGCACGAGAAGAUGUGUGUUUAAUCAGGGUGAUUCCAACACCCUGCGUGUACACCCUAGAGGGACACACAUCUCAACCAUGGCGGAGAAUGUAGUAAAAUUUGGCAAUGGGAAGCCUCUCUCAGCAUUCCACAGCCAAUUGAAGGCCUUCGAACUCGCCGUAGCAAAGGAGGGUGAGAGACGCAAGGCCGAAGAGGAUCAGAAGUUUAAGCACAUCAUCCAGCAAAUCACAAGACUUAGCGCUGAUCUCAGGCUCGAAGUUCAGGAAAGGCUAGAUGCGAAAGAGGCUCUGCAGAAGGCAACGUUUGAGGCGGCUAAUAGAAUGCUCAACGACCUCCAAACGAAACUUACACGAAGGGUAAACUCAAUUGCUGAACGGCUGGACGCAUUAGUGGCCCGUUGUGCAUCUGUUGAGGGUUCAGUCAACGAUCUGUCACAGCGAAUAAAUCAGUCGUUCGAUUUCAAAAUGCUGCAAAAUGACCUCAACGAACUGCAUCGAAACAUCAAGAAUGAUAUUGCCGUGAAGGUUGAGAAGGAUACAUCCUUAGUGAACAAACUCAUGCACAUGGAAUACGCGAUUAAAUCGCGGCUCAACGACAUUGUAUUCUUGGGAAACGAGAGCCUGAAGGAACUGCGUGUUGAAAUGAUGCGCCUAUCAGAGUGGAUUGCCUCAGACGUCGGUCCCAUGUCACCACAAAUCAUGGAGGAAAUAAAUACACUCAAGACAGCUAUGGAGCUUGCUACUAAGGCCAGGAAGGAGUCUGAUGAAGGGCUCUUUGAGGCUUUUGAGCAAAUCGUAAGAGUCUUGCCACGCAAUAUACAAAAUGAGGCCAAUGGCUUACGUAGAGUUCACACCUCUGCACAAUGA